AUGGCGGACCUACCUACUCUCAACUGGAAAGACGAGGCCUAUUAUAACCAGCACCCAUCCCAAAAGAAACUCCGAGACGCCUGCCUUUCAAGAGUCAGCUGGGACGCAUUAUGCCGCUACGCCUCAUCCAAGAACUCGGACCUGCCAUGCACACUGCUCGAACAAAGUACUCUCGGCGGCGUACACCUCAUUCGACUUUUGAGCUUUUCAUCAUCAGAUCCACAAUCUCCAUCUCCAGAAACAGUUGAAUCAGAUCAAACUCUAUGGAUCGCCCGCGUCCAACUCGAGCAAUCAACACCGGAAACAGAAUCGCUGCUCCGCGCUGAAAUAGAUGCAAUGGAACUCGUGAGGAUACGGACUGAAAUUCCGGUUCCAAGGAUCUAUGGAUACGAACUUAACGAUGUAAAUAGCGUUCGUGCAGCAUUUACUCUUAUGGAAUUUCUACCGGGCCCUUCGGCCAUGGACGCAGACGGCGGAUUCGAGGUUCAUGGUGGCCGGAUACCUGACGAGAGGAAGAAACUGUUUUUUGAGGAGGUUGCAAAAGUACAGGUCCAGCUAUCCUCCAUCCGACUCCCGAAAAUCGGUUCUGUCAUUAGUCGUCCUGACAACUCCUUCGAUGUUGGCCCGCUCCCACAUCUAGGCGGACCGUUCUCAACGGCAAAUGAGUUCUUCGAGGCUUGGGCGCGAUAUGCAGAGUUUCCUAGCUCUGAAGAGUCUAUCCGUGAAAUCAUGAAACACAGCCCCAGUUUGAUCCAGGAGAAGGUUCUAUCCUCUAUCCAGAAUUUCCCUAGAUUGCUACAAGAGCUCGCCUCUGGGGGUAGGAUAUCAACAAGGAACAAUACUGGACCGUUCCCGCUGUAUCACCCAGACCUCUACCACAGCAACAUCAUUGUGGAUGAGUCUUACAAUGUCCUUGGCGUUAUUGACUGGGAGGGCGUUUGCACUGUACCCUGGGAGGUCGUUCAACCGCCGCUAUUCUUAACUACUUUGCCUCCGGCUAUGGAUGACCCCGGGAAUUAUGGAGAGGAUGGACGACCUAAGGACCUAGAUACUGUAAGCCGGUUUGCUGAUACGGCGGACUAUGUGAGAUGUGUACAGGAGAUAGAGGGCGAUAUGGGAAUUGAUCAGAUGUUAUCUGGGAUUCUGUUGAAUCCGGCUGUGCAGGGUCUUGCAUUUGCGCUCAAGGUCUAUUUGGACCCUGGGAAGAUGGGAGUUUAUUGUAAUCUGUUGGAGCCUUUUAGGUAG